UCACUCUGAGUUUAUUAUCAUCCAGCAGUUUCGGAAGAACGUCACUUCGUUCAAAAUGAAGCCAAUGAUGUUCACUGUUUGUGUCGUGCUGUGUGCAAUGCUGCUCACAGUCGAAGGUCGAAGUCGCCACAAGCGAUCUUCUAGUAGUUCGGGCAGCACCAGCACCAGCACCAGCACCAGCGGUAGCAGCAGCGAUAGCAGUGAAGAAACCGCGGCGGUUACUCCAGCACCAGCUCCUACCGCAGCUCCCGCUCCGGCUACCGCAGCUCCAGCUCCGGCUACCGCAGCCCCUAACCCCGGUCUGCCCCUGCAGCGACGAAUCCAGCAGGGCCGCCAAUGGAUCCGACGAUUCCUUAAUAGCAGAAGGUCAUAGGCCGCUUUCCGACAUCUCCACUCAUGUUUUCCGCCUCUUCGCAAGUUAUUGCGAUGAGCAGAUGAGCAGAUGAGCGGAUGAAUUUAUAACACCAUAUAAUAAUCACAGUAUUUCUGCCACGUAAUCUCUAAAGCGAAAAUCAACUUAACUGAUCUAUCAUGUUUAUAGGACAUCGUCUUUG